UCAUAUGGGUGUGUGCCGCAUGUGUGUGGGCAGGUGUGUACAGAGAGGUGUGUGCGGGCGGUUGUGUGUAUGCAUGUGUGUGGCAGAUGUAUUCAGCUAAGGUGUGUGCAGAUAGGUAUGUGUGGGCAGGUGUGUGUGUGUGUGUGUGCGUGCACACAAGGCAAAGGGAGCCCCGGAAGGGUAGUUGCUUGGGAGGAUGUGGGGCAAUCAGUGGGAUCUGGGGCAGGAGUGACAACCGAACCCAGCAGGGGGACCCCAGGCCAAAGGUGUGGCUGCAUAAAGGCCAAGUGGCCACUGGAGGCAGAGGAUGCAUGGGGAGAAGAGCCACGGGAGAGGGCAGGCUGGGAGGCAGGUACCCCUAAAGCAGCAGUCGGUCAGUGGUGAGAGCCAGCAGGGGGCGAGGCAGGGGGCUGGCCAGUCUACCUGUUACCUGAGCUCUGCCUUUCUCUGUAACGGGAGCUUCCCAGCAGGCAGCAUGUCCCUGUGGGACCCUCAACCCAAACAGGCCUUUCCCUCCAUGCUCUGGUGUUCGUGGGCUGGAGUCCCUGGCAGGAGGACUGGGCAGAGAGAUCCCAGAGUCCAAGAAAGGAGAGGUGACUUUGUGAGCAAACUGGGUGCUGCCGUGGGUGGGGAGCCCCUGGCCCUUUUUGGACCCCACUCCUGGCCUGGGAUGGGGCACAGAGUUCCAGGGCUGGGAGCUGGUUUUCUGCUCUUUGCUGAUUUUGCCCUUGAGCCGUGGGAUUCUUAUCACGUGGUGUUUGAAGGCUGGACCAUUGACAUGAGGCGGAACGAGCCAGAGAGGACUCGAAGCCUCAGUGCUCCUGGCCCUCUGUGAGGGCUGCAGCCGUGUGCCCUGGAGUAUCUGCAGCCUUGGGCCUCUGGGUGGGCAGGGGAGUUGCUUGUGCUCAAAGCCCCCUCCUGGGAAUCCUGGGACUCCCCUCCCCCAGAACCUGGAGUUGCCCCCUCUGGAGCAGGGCAGGCUGGAGACCAGCCCUGUCGGCUUCCCCACCUUGGGGUUGUGUGUCCUCAGCUGGAGUGGGGACACUGUCCAGCCUGCCAAUGUGAGCGUCUGAGCCUCAAAAUAGACUCCGUUUUUCCAGAGCCGUGGAUUCCCCUAGGCUGAGAGGCCAUAAACGGGCGGCAGCCCAGUGUCUUGGUCACCAGGUCAGGCCCAGCAGCUUCCUCCAGGGCCACCCUCUCUGCCCACCAGGGGAGCUGGAGUUUGGUUCCAUCUCCAGGGUACUGAUGUGGCUCAUGCUCUAGGGAACCAGGAAGCUGGACCUGGGUAGGUGCCGGGGAGCUGGGAUCACCUUUAGGAAGCUCAUCCCCGUUUUACAGAAAGGAAAUCAAGGCUCAGCAGAAGCCGUGUGCCCAGCCCUGCACCAGGGAGAGCAGGGUCAGUUUCCUGAGGGGCUGCAGGCCCUCUGCUGCAGUGAGAGGCAGCCGGACAUCAGAGAUACUGACGGCCCCACCAGCCCACGUGGGGAGGGGCUCUGGCCACGGUGCUCCCAGUGCUGGGGCUGAGGCCUCCACGUCUGAGCCUGAGACGUGGAGGAUCAAGGCCACUGAGCGGGCUUGAUCGCUUCAAGUCGUGUGUGUGUCUGGCUCGUCUGGCCAGCUCUCUGCUACGUCGUAGGGUUGCCUGGAGCCCACUGGCUGCCUGUGGCUGGACCCCAGCCUGUGGGGGACACCCUGGUAGGCAGAGGGACCAUGCACUUUGUUCACAUCUGAAGGGAGGAGGCAGGUGUGCCCUGCGCCUCCCGCUCCUUCUGGGAUGGAGAGGGUGGCCCUGCGUCCCACGCCUGCGCUGGCUUCUG